CUUUUGAGUGCAGGUACACCAUCCAGAAGCCCGAGUUUCCCAUCACGCCCACCGACCACCAACAAACUCCCGAAUCUCGAUUCUUCUCUCCGCGUCGCUUCUUCUCGGUUCAACCGUCAAUUUUCUAAGUAAUCCUGCAGCGAUUCUUGGAUCUGUUUCUCGUCACACUCCUUUACAAUGUCUUCCCCUCGCCCUUCCUCGCCCGUUAACGCGCCCGGCGCCGCCGCCUCCGGCGCGAGCGUUGCGCGCCCUUCGUCCCCUACUCCCCCCGGUGGCCCCCGCACUGCCAUUCGUCGCCGCGCCGCCGCCGAUCAGAAGGAGAAGAUUGCGAAUGCGCGUCCGAACAGCACGAGAGCUGCCGGUGCCGGUGGCAGCAGCAGCACCAUGCUGAGACUUUACACCGACGAGUCUCCCGGUCUCAAGGUUGACCCCGUUGUUGUUCUGGUCCUUUCCCUUGUUUUCAUUUUCAGCGUUGUUGCUCUUCACAUUAUUGCCAAGAUUACCCGCAAGUUCUCGUCUUAAGAAGCAAAUGGAAAGGACCGAGAAAGGCGGUUACCAAACCCAGCUUCGGGGCAUCAAUGCUCGACGAAGCCCAGAGAUGAAAAAGGGAAAUACGUGAUACUUGCACCUUGUUGAACCGCGACCGGGCGAGCAUUGCCACGGGCAUGAAGCGUGUGUCCGUAGACACAGAUCUGCCCUUUGAGCGCGUGGAAGAGUGGCAUCUGUAAUCAAAACCAACACAAAAACAACUUUUGACGAUAAUGGACUGCAGGCGCGUGCUUUUACUCGAGGGACGCGGGCGCCUGAUUGAGGAGAGGAAGAGAGAGAGAGAGAGAGAGAGAGAGAGAGAGAGAGAGAGAGAGAGAGAGAGAGAGAAGAGCAUGACUGAUGUGCGCCGCUGUAUUAUACCUCCUUUUUCUAUUACAGCUCUAGUUCUAUGCUGUCGAAUGCGACUUCUGGAGACCAU